GGUACGGACAUUGUACGGCUCCGUCAUGGCGAGGUCUUUUCUUUUGAUGAGUGCAGAUCCGGGAAGCUCCUGAACCACUGAUUCCACCUGUGUGCUCCUCUUUACCAGUGCCUGGAGAGUUUGAAACAGAUCUACAAUGUCUUUCCAUCAAACCUUUGACAACUUUUUUCCUUUCAUCGCUGCAACUUUACUAGAACAUUAGAUCUUCUUCUCCUUAUCUAGGUCCAAGCUCCUAGAAAGGACGGCUCUUGUGGUGUGCGGUUUCGGGUUUCUUCUUUAGUCCUUCUUUGAUAACUUUCGCACAAGUUCUCGGCUCGGCCUGUUCUCUCAAGUCCACUCUCGAGCCUUCUCGAAACGAUGUCUACAACGCUCUCAAAUCUUCAUGGUAACUUAACACAAGAACAGGAAGAAGAAGUGGAUGACCUUGUCAUCUUACCAAACGUCGAUAACUCCGAGCUGAUUGCUCAAUUCAAACUCAGUCUGGUAGGAAGAAUCUUCAAUACUGAACGCCGCAGCGUCAAGGCUCUCAUCUCUCUACUCCCUCGACCUAACAUUUGGGAUGUGGAGGGAAGGGUUAGAGGACUGGAUCUAGGAAACCACAGAUUUCAGUUUGAUUUUGAAUCAGAGGCUGACCUCGUUAAAGUCUUAAACAAGAGGCCAUGCCAUUUCAACAAAUGGGCCUUUGCUUUGGAACGGUGGAUUCCUCAUGUCGGCGACACCUUUCCUAAUACCAUGACUUUCUGGAUCAGUGUCAGCGGCAUCCCAACACACUUCUGGAUGGAUCCUAUUUUCGAUUCCCUGGGCGGAAGGCUUGGCAAUGUGGGGCUUAUUGAUGCUAGAGCCGCUAAAGUUCAAGUUGAAAUAAACAUGGAUCGUCCUCUAAGAUUUGCCCUCCGAGCCCAGCUGCCCACGGGUGAGAUCGUCCCGGUAAAGCUUGUUUACUCUAACCUCCAUCGCUACUGUAGGCACUGUCGCCAUGUUUCUCAUGAGGUGGAGUCUUGCCCACAACUCUCUGAAGCUGAAAGAACAGAGAAAAGCUCAAGAUUGGAGGAAGAUAGGGACCUUCCAAAUUUUAACAGAAUUGAUGCUCAAAGAAAGGGAGAGACCUCGAAGCGACCCUUACCUCAACAGUUCAAAGACAGACGCAGUGGGGAGGACACUCACAGGGACACCCGAGAUAGCGUUUGGAAACGCAUUGACUCUCGGUAUGAUCCACGAGUUGACCCUCGCCCAUCCUCCAAAUAUGAUCACCGACAUGAUAGCAAACCUGUUGAUCGUCAAAGGGAUCCUCCUAUCCGUGACUCCUAUAAUAAACGAAGAUAUGAUGAGUCUUUUCUCUCAAGUAAACAAAGAGAGGCAUCACGCAGGGAGAGAGACAAAGGAAAGGACAGAGAAAUCUCACCUAGCAAGAUCGACACUCGGGAUUUGGCAAAGGAAUUUACUCGUGAACCCCUUGCUGUUGCAGCUCCCUCCCCCAGCGAUCAGUGCCAGUGCCCAUUCCCACGGUUGUACCAGCAAGACAAGUUACAGUUUCUCCAGAACUCACCAGAGACAGACCUUUCAGUCUGAACCUCCAAAAGAAAGCCUCCACAGACCUGAAACUUAAAAAAAAAAAUUUAGAUGAAGAUAAGGUUUCAGACGAGGGAAGCUCUGCUAGGAAAAGCUUAAACUUUGAAGCUCCUUCAGACCCACCUUCUGUCAAUCUACCUAUCACACUGGCCCAAGAGACAUCAAUCAAGGAAACUCGUAAAAGCUGGUAUGAAUUGACACUAGAAGAGGAGGGUUCUAUGACUGAAGAAGCGAUGAAC